GCCACCCUCACAAAAUCUCGCGCUGUCUUCCCGUUCACCUACCUUCCCGUCCCCUUGCCCUUUCCGUUUCCCGCCUCCCCCAACCGCAUAGAAUGGCCGGCUCCGGCGGCUCUCCCGACGCCGACGAUCCCAAUUGCGGCGGAGAUGAGGCUGAGCCCUCCAGGACUCCUCAAGAAUCCGACGACCGCUACUCCGCGCCCGCCUCCCCUCUCAGCACUCGCCCGUCCGGUCAGUCCCCGGGGACCUCGGUCGUCGCCAACGAGGGCUCCGCCUCGUCCUCCGCCACGGGAUCUGAUGACGAAGACGUGCCCACAGACAGGUACAAGAACCCCGCCGCCGCUUCCUUCCUCUUGGGACCGUCGAGCAGCACCAUGGGAGCGUCCUCCUCCUCCUCCUCGGACAGCUGGAUCGGCAGCGACCGUACAUGCGGCGGCGCCUCGACUUCCAGCUCUCUGGACGCCUCCAACUACAUGGGUUUCUACAGGAACCCACCCUCUGAGUGGAUGUAUACUCAGAUUCUAGAGUCUUCUUUCGGGUGGAACGAGUACGAGACUUGUGAUGAUAUGAGGGCUUAUUCUGGGAGAGAUAAGUACGAGCCAUCACAAAAUUUCAGCAGCACAAUUCAUCAAAAGGCACCUUUAUCAGCUCUAGCAGCUACGCUUAUAAGCGAGAAUAUGAAAGCUCAAACCUAUAAGCUUUUGGCUAAUUACUCUGUAUAUCGGGAAAUAUGUCCAGAUGGGAACUGCUUUUACAGAUCUUUCAUAUUCUCGUAUCUUGAGCAGCUGGAAGCAUCUGCUAACGAGGAACAACGGUUAUUUUGUGUACUUGAACCAAUGGGGGAGAAGUUUCAAAGUCUUCAUUGGUUUGAUUCAUAUUCUGAUCUUCAUAUUGCUUUUGUGUGCUUCAUACUGGAAUGUGUGGAACAAACACGAGAACUCUCAGUAAGUGCCUAUCAAGACUGGCUUUUUCAGGAGAGUCAAAAUGAGCAGAAGUUUGCCAACAUUCUCUCGUAUCUUCGACUCGUGACAGCUAUUGAGAUAUGCAGCAAGGCUGAAAAGUAUAAGCCAUUCAUACUAGACCCUGGUUAUAAGCGUAAUUUAGUAGGGUACUGCAGGGCGAAUGUUAUCCCAAUGAAACAAGAGGCGGAACACAUCAAUCUGUUUGCGCUCACCGAUGUCCUGCAGGUUCCCCUCCAGGUUGUCUACAUUCAGGAUAAACCGACUGAGCCUAACACCCACAUCAUCUACGAGUCACCAGAUUCUUCGGUUCCUACUGUGACACUACUGUAUAGACCAGGGCAUUAUGAUAUUAUCUACGAGAAGUAAUAGCUGUAGAUUGUAGUAACAGAUACCAUAUGAUAUGUCACAGGAGAGUUGCUGGCCGCGUGACGAUAUACUCUAUACAUGUAGAUAACUCUUGUUGUGUACAUCGGCUGCACAUAUGCACUAUCACUGUUUUUCUUCCUUA